GCUGAGACUCACCUGACGCUGUCCGGACCCCUGCUGCUCGGGAAUGUCAAUAAAGCUUCAGCGUUUCAAAACAUCAUGGCGGCCUCCACGGUGCCUGCAGCGCUCAGAUGCUUCAUGAAAUGUUUCCUCAAAGACUCGGCUCUUGGCUCCAGGAGGAUUUGCAGCCCGUCAGUGAGUCGCACGGGGAAAGGUCGCAUCAGUCAGAGGACAUGCACCUCAUCCUCCUCCUCCUCCUCCUCUUCAUCAUCAUCUGCUGACUGUGUUGCACACUAUGAUCACCUCACUCAGUGUGGAUCCCUGAGGGAAGAUGCUCAGCAGAGACUUGUCCUGCAGCGGCUGCAACAGCUGCAACACGACCUGAAGAAGUACAGCAACAGUACUGGAUUCAUGGAGAAGGAAGAGCCCAAUCCACGACCACCCAAAGGUUUCUAUAUAUAUGGAGAUGUUGGCACAGGGAAGACCAUGCUCAUGGAUCUGUUUUACUCCCACGUGGAAAACAACAGUAAAAAGAGAGUCCACUUCAAUGGCUUCAUGCUAGACAUCCACAAAAGGAUCCAUCGGAGGAGACAAAGCCUGCCAAAACGAACGCUGGGGAAUAUGUUCACCUAUGACCCCAUAUCGCCGGUUGCCAUGGAGAUCAGCAACGAAACCUGCCUCUUGUGUUUUGACGAGUUUCAGGUGACUGACAUCGCUGAUGCCAUGAUCCUGAAGCAGCUGUUCAAGACGCUGUUCAAGACCGGAGUGGUGGUGGUGGCCACGUCCAACAGACCCCCCGACGAUCUGUACAAAAACGGACUUCAGAGGGACACCUUCCUACCUUUCAUCGACGUGCUGAAGGAGCACUGCCACACCAUCUGCCUGAACAGUGGGAUUGACUACAGGAGGCAGGACAAGACUGUGUCGGGGAAACUGUACUACCUCACAGAGGAAACUGGUGCCGAAGCCUUCUUGGAUGCACUGUUUCAGGAUCUGGCUUCAACACAAGAGAGCUUAACAGGUCCUCGGGUGCUCACGGUGCUGGGCAGGGAUGUGACUCUGGACAGGACCUGCGGCUCCAUCGCCGACUGUACUUUUGAUGAGCUGUGUGGCAGACCUCUUGGUGCCAGUGACUACCUGGAGAUGGCGCGGCUCUUUGACACCGUGUUCAUCCGCCACGUUCCAGUGCUGUCGCUGAAGCUGAAGGACCAGGCCAGACGUUUCACCAUCCUCGUAGACAACUUCUACGACAACAAGGUGAGAGUGGUGCUGCUGGCGGCCGCUCCUUUAGACCGACUGUUUGUCCACACGGGGGGGGACGACGAGAAGGACCGACAGCUGCUGGACGACCUGGGGCUCAGCGGGUUUGGAUUGGAUUCGAGUGCAUCCGCUGCUAACCCCCUGUGUCGGCUCCUUUUCUUCAGGAUGCAGCGGAGCGUCUGACUCUGUUCACGGCCGAGGAGGAGAUCUUUGCCUUCCGGAGGACCGUGUCCAGACUGACGGAGAUGCAAACAGAGUCAUACUGGAUUAAGGGAGACCGCUGUCACAGCACAAAGCAGAGGAACACCUAACAUCCACUUCUGACUGCCACCAUAAUUAUAUACCUCCAGACAACACAGUACCUCAAUAACCACUGAUGCUGUGUAAGCAAAAGCUUCACAAACAGAAGAGAUCAAGUCUAUUUUGGGCGAGCGAAGCGAAAUGUUUUUAGGGAAUAAGCAGUAAUUUACUCCAGUGCAUCCAGGAAAGGCCUGAAAUCCACUGGAAAUAUAUAACUAUGUAAAACUGGAUGUUUUCCUUUGGUUCUGACUGUGUUUGUUAUAUCUCUUUACUCUCUAGGUGGUUUUCUCUGUUCUGCUCUCAAGAACUUAUUUAUUCGAAAUAACAUAGAAACCUCUCCAGCUGGUGUGAAAGCAAAACUAUCAGCUGCUUUUUUUCAGGCAGAGAAAAGCAGCUUGGAAGUGUCCUUGACAACAGUUGGCUACCGCCCUCUGGUGGUGAAUGUGAAAAGGGUUAAAUGUUCCCAAGCUUUUUUUUGUUUCUGCAGCUCAACUGUAUGAUGCCUGAUAUAAAUAUUUAUAACAUGCUUCAUGAAUGUAUUCAGGGAAAUGCUGAACCACCUUCAUGUUAAGACCAGUAGCUGUCGGACUGUGUUUAUGUAUUAAAAGUCUGAACUCUAAAGAAACUAGAUCUGAUCUUAAAUCAGGUUCUAUUUUGAGCACUGUACUUUGUUCUCUAUUGAAGAUGGAAUAAGUCUUACAUUGGUUCAAUUGCAAUUUUAUUAAUGAGAGAAUGUAUAAUUAAAUAACAUGGAUAAAUGUAACAAAAUAAAAUCCUGCUUAUUG